GGAUUUUCAUUUACGGCAUCGAGCCGUCCUCACCCCUGAACAUUAGUCACAACGCACGCGAGCGACAAGCGGAACCAUGAUUGCUGCACCGAUACCGGUCAGGCCGUAUCUCGUUGCCGCAGCACCAGUCAUCGUCAAGCAUACCCCAACCCUGACAGAAGCAGUUGCUGCCAUAUCGCUUGAGGAACCUUUACCACGUUCCUCAGAUCCAGUCCAACACGAGAAACCCGGCAGUGAAGCCUUCGUUGGCUUGCGCGACGAGGCUUUGGAAGAGUUCUUGGGGAUUCUUCGACCCAAUCCUUUGUUGAGGCAAGGUCGCAGAUCCCACUCGACCACAACGUCCAGUGACUCCGGCUCGUGCUCCACCUCUGAAGGAUCGUCUCGCGCAAGCACAAGACCCCAUCCAUAUCGCCAACCACACCAUACUCACGCUCACCAUGCCCCCAAUGCAAAGCGCUCGGCGACGUCUGCGACAGGUGACCCGAGCGGUCAUUUCGAUCCCGCCGAUGGACACCGCCACCAGCACUCGCAUGAUCGCCGCCGCCGUAAGCAUCUCACAAUCGACAGCAGCGUUUUCAACCUCAAGCAUUACUCCCACAAUGAACCGUCAAGUUCUCUUUCGUUCGGACACCACCACCUCAUGCCCUCCCCAAUCUCACGUUCACACACUCGAAAUCCAUUUCUCCGGCAUGCCUCGUUGGAUACCCACUUCCAUACCUCCCGACGUGGAUCCCCAUCCUCAUCGCAAACAUGCUCUGAAGGAGUAUUAGAAGAUUCUUUCACGCCCCACUAUCUGGAGUCCGUGCCAGCCCUAACGUUAUGUAACCGAUUGCGCACGUCACCGAGCCGCUGCCUUUCUGUGCCUCCCCCGUCGUCCCCCCUGGAUGUAUGCGCGACAGAGGACAACACCACCCACUAGCGGAAAUUGCUUGGUUCAGCUUACAUGUCCACGAGGAAUAUGGUACGGUCGGACGGACGGCGGGCCGAACGUUACAAGUCGAUCAUUGUUGUAGACAGAAUGGGAGCAACGAUGCCCAUGCUCUUGACGAGCUGACAAACACCUAGUAUCUCCCUUCGAGAUUGUAUACCCUUGGAUUGGGUUGUCAUUUUGCUUUACUCUGAUACGCCAAAAUUUACCUCAUCAUAGAUGAUUUACCCCAAAAUUGGGGAAACUUCGUUCUUCGUCUAAUCAGUACCAUUAUAUCUUGUAUCUAUGCCCAGCUUUUACACACGCCCCUGAUGUUGUGCUCCUAUGAUGUUACUAACCAUUUCCCUAUCUUCGAUCCCCUCUAUUCCUCUGUCCUCUCAAUGACCAAAUCCAUUGCUUAAACUACGGCGUCCAACCUGAAAUGAAAUGGCAAUGAUC